AUGAACUGGGCAAUGUCAAGGAGCUGCUAUAGGCAGCUCCUCGAGGAGUCCAUGAGGACCAAUUACUUGCCAGCUUUUAUUCUCCCCGCCUUCUCUCUCCCUCAUAAUAACUCCAAGCAGUUUUCGACUUCAACGGCCGCACAAUCGCGAAUUGGCGCUGCGCCGUUGUCAAUCCCAUCUGAAGUUUCGCUAAAUUUUAUCGAGCUUCCGGUAGCUAAGAAUUCAACUGUGCGACCGGGGAAGGAUAUCCCAACUACCGCGGUAGAGGUUACUGGGCCUUUAGGUUCCCUGACAUUGACCCUGCCAUCAUUUUCGACUCUCAAUUUUGACCCGACAUCUCGAAAAGCGAGCGUUGAGGUUCAAAACCCCAAAAUUAAACGUCAGCGUGCUAUGUGGGGAACCAUAAGACAACACUUGAAGAACCACAUACUAGGAGUUUCGGAGGGCCACACUUGCAUUAUCAACUUUGUUGGAGUUGGAUUUAGGGCAAUGAUCGAACCCAAGGCCGUUACGAUUCCUGAGCCAAAAUAUCCCGGCCAAGAGUACGUCUCGCUGAAAGUUGGAUAUGCGCAUCCAAUUGAGCUAGGCAUCCCUCAGGGAGUCAAAGCUAGGACACCUCAACCCACUACCAUCCUUCUAGAGGGAGCCGACAAGCAGGUUGUGACACAGUUUGCGGCGGAGAUUCGAGCAUGGCGAAAACCAGAGCCUUACAAGGGAAAGGGUAUAUUCGUGAACGGCGAGACAAUCAAGUUGAAGGCGAAGAAGAUCAAGUGA